CACCCCGGAGGCAUAUGCGAAUAUCGGAAUUCCGCUGUCAUCCAUUCCGACCACAGCGUCGUACGCCGUCCCACCCUCGGACCAUUCCGCACCCCCGGGGUAUCCUACCGCGCUCCCAGCGACGUUCCCUGUAGGGAAUGGUGACACGCCUCCCCUCGUCAGUCUGGGUGAGGUAGAAGCGCAUAUACGCAUCAUCGCUGCCUUCCAUAAGAGGAGAGUCGACGUACUCGCUUGCCCUGCAUGGGAUGGGCUGGGACUGUCAGAUGACGCCAAGUGGGGGACGUAUGUUGCUAGAGCGGCGUACAGGUUCGAUGCGUGGUAUGAAGGUGUGAUUUCUCGUGAUGGAAGACCAGAAGGACUAUUGGGAGAGAGGGAAAUUCCACCGUUAGACGUGGGGAUGAUAUGGCAUUCAUACUGUCUCAACCCACGAAUAUACCUCGAAGACACGCUCUCACGCCUCGCUCCACUCUUACACGCAGGCCCAUUCCCACUUUCACGCCUGUCAGCAGCACUCGAUCCUUCCUCUCUCCUCCCUCUCGACCCUCACCCGGAGACCCAAGCACUCUUCGAACAUCUCACAGACCUACCAUGGGACGCAGGCCUCAGCGUCACAGGGACAGAACGCGCAAAGACCUCUUGCCCGCAGUGUGCUACCCUCGUAAACGUGCCAUGGCUCGCUCCCUCAGAAGAAGGAUACGCACAACCAGCGUUCACUGCCACUUGCCCAUCCUGUGCGCUCAAGUUCAACCGCGAGUCCCUCGGAGUAAGGAGGUUGUGUAACGACCUAGAGAAAUGGAUCCAAGAGCCAGGGAACAACUUCUCGGCCGGGACGCUGCUCGACCCUGUCACGGGGAUGCCAAACUACGAAAAGUCCCUGGCGUACAAUAAGCGGCUAUUUAACUGGUUCUCCGCCGUGUGCAAGUCCAAGCCCGCAACGUGGAUCGGCCAGCAAGUAGGCUGGAACAUGCUCAAAGUCGAGCUCUGCUGCCGGACGGGGAUGAGCAUGCUCAGCCAAGUGCCCACCCCGCCCAGAGUACGCAGGGUGUUCAGCAUGUACCGGCAUCCUGGAGUCGCGUCUGUAGAUCUGGUCGGGGCGACCCUCAGGCAGGGGACGUUCAUCCGCGCACUGUACUCUCUCGGUUGGCUCACCCCAGCGCGCUUUGCCGCCGACCCCACUCCCCUCCUGCGCGCUAUAGCCCGCUUUCACGCCUGGCUCGACCUCCUCUCCCUCCACCCGGCGGCGUUCCUCGUCCCGACGCUGGAUAUCGACCUGGCUUGGCAUACACUUAUGCUCAGUCCGGGAAGGUAUAGGAGGGACGUGUUUGGGCUCGUGGGGAGGGUGGUAGAGCAUGAGGAUAAGGUAGAGGAGGGGGUUUUAGGGGAAGGGUUUGACGCUACUGGCAGGUUGUGGAAGGCAAGGUUCGGCGUCCCCUACAGCUACUGCGGCUGUCCUCCCAGCACAGCAUCAAAACUCGUCGACCGGACCUCUCUCUCCAACAUCCGGGCCACUCUUCUCCCCCUCCGCGGGCGGUCAGACAGCGCAGCAAGCGCCCGGAGCACCGCCUCCCUCCCAGGGGCGAACGCGCCCGGCUCAGCGAGCGGGGUACCUCGCCCCACACGGGCAGACCUGGCUCCGGACGAGAAGGACGCCCCGCUCUCCCAUGCGAGCGAACAUAAUUCCAUUCUUGUCAUCUCGCAUUCUCAGUGUGCCAAGGCACGCCAGGAAAGGGAAAUGGACAUCGCCAAGCGCGGGGAGGCGCUCCGCCGUGCGGCGGCGAAAGGGAAGGGGGACGAGUGGGAGGAAGGGAUCGCCCGCCGCUCUCUGGGGCACGAGCCGGCGUUCUUACUCCCUCUCCCUCCUGCAGGGCCCGGGGUGCAGAACGACAGCGCGCUAUUUUAUCUCCCGUUAGUCCUCUUGCCUCUGCCUCAUGCGUGCGUCGUGCGUGCUGACUAGUAUGCGGUCGUAGAUGGAUAAUAGACGGCACCUCCCUCGCUGGCGGGAAAUGUGCAGCCGGGCUACAGGGCGGGAUGUGUGUCGCCGGAGGGGGAAAAGGGUUUUGCGGGAAUUUGGGGGCGAACGCUUGGGGAGGGAAGAUAGCUAAUUCGAUGAAUAACGCUUAGCAGAGCCAUUGGCUGCCGGUGGGCGAUCCGGUAUCAUACACUGGUCUCGCAGUGCGACUCGGGUUGAUCUAGAACGUAGAGCGAUGCACAGUGCGGGUUUGAAUAGAUGCAUCUGAUGUCAAGGUGUAUUACGAGUUUGUGUAGAACUGAGCAUAAGUCGAAGGUUCUCAUGUACCGAGUUUUGGUAGAUGAAGACAAAUGAUAAGAAUUAUUCAUCACGGGAUUAUGGGGUGUUCUCGUCCGGUUAGCUGUUGGAACGCGCUGCUUUGU